UCUGGGACGCGAAGCAGACUCGAAUCGGUUCGAUGGCGAAGCCUUUGCUGAUCUUUCAAAUCGGCACCAACAAUUGGCAGCGUCAGGGCGAGUUUGCCCCGGGUAGUGGCAUUCUUCAUGCCUCUUUCCAUCAGACCAUGAAUAGUAUGGACGGAGUGAAGUGCUUUUCCAUUUAUCCCAGCAAGGUGCAGACAGACCCCGAGGAUGAUGAUACCUUUCGAGUCUUUAAGAUCAACCAUGACAUUCCGAUUUGCGAGUCAGUGAGCCCAAACUCCUCCUACCGGUGGCACUCCAUGGACGACAAAGAAUACCAAGCCUACUUGAACCGUUUGGAAUCAGAGAUUUGUGCUUUCAUGGACCAGGUAGAAGCAAGGGAGGGCAAGGAGUUUGAUUAUCUCAUCUCGCACCAUGCCUUUACGAAUGCCAUGACUGCGGCCCAGAUUGUCGAGAGACGGCACAGGGAGGGAAAGACGAAGUUGAAACAUUUCAAUUUCGUUCACGGCACCGCAUUAAAGAUGUACAUCAAGGAGAAAGAGGGCGACCCCGAGUAUCCUAUGAGAUUUUUGACCAAGUGCCAGGGCAGCGGUGUCUUCAGUGGGGUUGCCAGCACCCAAGGUGUUUGGGUGAACAGCGAAGAUUACAUUGGAAAAUUCUUGGAUUGUUUCCCACAAUAUCCCAAGCAAAACUGCGUUUUCUCCCGGAUCGGCGUGAACCAAAAGAUCUUUUGUCCCAGAGGCACGGAGGUAGCCCGAGACCUGGCCAAACACCUGCGCGAAGAAGAUCGCGGAAAGGUGGCCAACAUGAAACGCCUGGUGACCUUCGUCGGGAAGUUCGCCGAUUGGAAACGCCUGGAUGCCGUGCUCUACGCAGCCAAGGAGUACGAGGCGACCUUCCCAGACCUUGGCACAGCCAUUGUGGGCACAGGGCCACCAGAGGCCAUCGCGAUGUACGAAGGACUCUCCAAGUCCUUGGGACUGCAACGGACCGUCUUCCUGGGCCCAAAGAGUCAGGAUGUCCUUGCUGAGCUUUUCUCAAUGUCGGAGGUUGGGAUGUUCCCAUCCUACAAAGAGCCUUUCGGCAUGGUCUUCAUCGAAUGCAUGGCCUGUGGUACUCCCACCAUCGGCGCCAACAGCGGUGGCCCCACGGAGUUCGUGAAACCGGGGCAAGGCGUCCUGGUCGAAGAGGAGGCCGACUGGCGCACGGAGCCGGGAAUGAAGAGGCUGGGCUCCAAGGUGGCAGCUCAAGUGACAAAAGCCUUGCAGAUGAACUGGAAGCGAAGUAUGGGAGCUUCCUGCGUCGAUUUCGUGACCACCAAUUUCUCCACCUUGGCGCAAGUUCGAGGCAUGCUCAGCAACAUGGAGGAAUGGUCGUGCAGCUCGGAGGUCGCCACAUGUUUCCGGAACUUCACCGGUGGAUCCCAGAUCUCCAAGCAGCAACUCCUGCAGCUGCUGAACAAACUCCUCCCAGGACGCAGCACGACAGUCUGUGAACAGAUGUUGGAAAGCUCAGGGGCUUUGCACUGUGAGGCAGUCGAUUAUCAGAAGUUCCUGGCCUUCCUUAUGCAGGCGUAG